AAUCCAUCCAUUCAGUAUAAAUACUUGUCUGCGACCAUUUUAGUCAUUCGCCAUCACCGAUUUGCUUGUGUUGAAGUCGUGUCGAGGUACAUCUGAUCAUUAUGUCUGGACGUGGUAAGGGAGGCAAGGCCCGUGCGAAGGCAAAGAGCCGUUCAUCCCGUGCAGGGCUUCAGUUCCCUGUCGGCCGUGUGCACCGUUUCUUGCGCAAGGGCAACUAUGCCGAGCGUGUCGGUGCCGGUGCCCCGGUCUACUUGGCCGCCGUGCUGGAGUACCUGACCGCUGAGAUCCUCGAGUUGGCCGGCAACGCUGCCCGUGACAACAAGAAGACCAGGAUCAUCCCCCGUCAUCUUCAGCUGGCCGUCCGCAAUGACGAGGAGCUGAACAAGCUUCUGUCUGGCGUGACCAUCGCCCAGGGAGGUGUGCUGCCCAACAUCCACGCCGUGCUCCUGCCCAAGAAGACCGCUGCCAAGUCUAGCUAGGUCAUUCCUUCUAGAACUGACCCCGGCCCUUUUCAGGGCCACCCACAUCCUCCAGAGAGAGCUAUGACUGUCACAUCUCUUAGCGACUCACGCACACGCGCGAUACAGUUGAAAUAUAAUUACUGUGUUCACGGAAGGAGCCGGAAUUUACAUGUUACACUGUUGAGACGAGCCAGUAGCAUGGACCGUGGAAGACAUGGCUAUGUGUUUUCUACCACUUCGAUAUAGACCAAGGAGGUUAUUUAACAUUCAAUAACCCAGGGAAGUUGAAAAUAGACCAAGGAGGUCAUUUAACAUUCAAUAACCCUGGGAAGUUGAAAAGACUACACAUUGAAUAGCCUGACUACCUAGGGAUGGGACAUUUACAGAAAAUUCUGGUCCAGGAAUGGUCCUGAUCUGAACCUUGACUUUACUGUUUGAAAAACUUGUGAAUGGAUGAUAUUCAAAACAAGGAAUAUGUUUGGUCCAGUAUCCAACGACCACCAACUCUACUAAGUAAGCUCUUGUUAUUUUCUUUGACCUGUAAGCCCCCCCAAAUCUGUUCCAUUUUCGAACCGGUCCAACAUCCUUUCCACUGAUAAUUUUCAGGUCUAUUUUUUCUGGACAAGUCCAACAAGAAAAUGGAUUUGUACGCAGUACUGGUACACACCCAUACCGGAUACCAAACUGUUUCCAUGGCCUAUACAGCCCAACUCCUUAUACAGCAUGCUAGCAGGGAGUUACCAACAAUAUUACCAAUGGAAGUGGUGUACACAAUUGUAAUUAUACACACACUGGUAUGUUUAAAAGGAAAAAUUUUGGCUGAAACGGGUAAUUUUUCGCCACCACCCCACGGCAAGCAAUAAAAGUGGUAUUGGUUCAGUAUAUCUUUUUAGUUUGUUGGUACAUGUACCUUAAAUUCCUGCAUCAUCUUUUUUACGAAUAUGUAAAUGGUAUGUAACCCAACAAGAGGACUUUGCAAUAAAGAACUUAUCUACAUUUGGU